AUGCCCACAGGGUUGGAUCCAAGGAGUGGGAAAGCAAAAGGGGAGGCAGCAAUUCAAGGUCCAUCCUCGUUCUCUUUCCCCAAGGCGUUACGACGCCACCCAAGACUGCGCAGAAGCGUAUCCGGGACGGCGUCCAAUGAGGCAACACAGUUCCGUUUCCACGAUGAACCUCCGUUCCGCGGGCCAAUCACAGAAUCCAACCCAAACUACAAUACCCAGCGUGCACCGAGAGUGCACCGAGCCUCCUACGUCAGGGCCGAAGGUCGAAGUCUAGGAGGAAGUACAAUACCAGAUCAUAUCAAUACUCAGUGUUGUAAUGCAAAAAGAAAGCAAGAAUUCCAAAGAUUCACUGUAGAAGGUGAUGCUUCAAGAAAAAGGAUAAAAAUCAGUUCUUCACCUCAAGGACCUGUUAAACUUCAAGAAGCAUUAUUUUCAAAUGAUCAUCAAAUUAUUUCACAGAGUCUCUCGUCAAGUGUAACCAAGACAGAUAUAAAUAAAUGUGUAGAUUUAAAAUUUACAGGUAUUAAAUUGCCAAAUGUUCAGUGUAAGCUUGACCAUGAACUUACAAACUUUGGCAAUCCUAAGAUCACCAAAGAUGUGAAACCUAACGUUGAAUGUCUUACAAGUGAUAUAAAAAGGCCUCAUUUACUUCCUCAGAGCCAGAAGAUGAAAGACUUCAAGAAAGAAAAGAACAGUAAAUUUAGAGACAGUACCGAAGUACAAGAGAAAUACAAGAGAAGUGAAUCGUCUCAGGAUUAUACUACGAACAAGAUCAUUAAAGAAAUAUUCGAGUCUAGAAGAAAGAUCAGUUUCAAAAUCCCAAUAAAACCCCACCAAACCCUCCAAAAGAAGGCUGUAGCAGAAAAAGUCUUCAGUUUAGGUCCUAAAAAGUUAGAGAAUAAGCAAGAGAAAAGAGAAUGCCCAGACAACUCGCAGGUUUCAUUGAAUUUGAAUAGGCAUAAAAUUGAAUAUUUGUUUACAGAUUCUAUAUAUAAAACUAUUCAGGAGUGGAAAAGGAAGCGUCAAGAGCGUCAAGAAAAAAAUGAUUCAAGACCUGGUAAAAAUAUAACCCAGGGUCUUGAAGCCUCCUGUUCUUCUAUGUCACCUGAAAGUGCUCAAGACACAGAUGAAGAGAUGCAGAUAGUAGAAGAGCUUCAUGCAGCCCGUGUGGGAAAAAGCAUGGAUUUACCUGUGGUUCCAUCUUCUGGAGAGAUAAUGAGUAUGGAAAUUGACUUGGUGGAAGAGGAUAUACAUUCUUCUGCGGAAAAUACUGCUUCAGAGAAAAAGCUUCUCAUUGUUAUUGACACAAAUAUUCUAAUGAAUCACCUCAAAUUUGUUAGAAUUUUGAAGACUACAGAAAUACCAGGCUUUGAUAGAUUUGUCUUGAUAAUUCCCUGGGUUGUUGUGCAAGAACUAGAUCGACUGAAGACGGGAGAACUACUAAAGCAUGUCCAGCAUAAAGCUAUACCUGCAGUUCAUUUCAUCAAUGACAGUCUGAGAAGUCCAGAUAGAAAACUAUGGGGUCAAUCAAUACAACUUGCAUCUCAAAAACUUUAUGGAUUGAGUGAUGAGAAUAAUGAUGAUCGAGUACUAAAAUGCUGCCUUCAAUACCAGGAAUUAUUCCCUUGUUCUGUUGUUAUUCUGUGCACGGAUGAUAGAAAUUUAAGAAACAAAGGCAUAAUAAGUGGUGUGAAGUCACUCAGUAAAGAAGAAUUGAGUGCAGAGUUACUAAACUCAUCUCUGAACACAGCUGUGUGCCAACAGCCUUCUGUUUCUAAACAACAACUGAAAGCAGAAGCACCGUCCUUGAAAGAGCACACUGGAGAAGAAUCUGCAGAUAUUAGACUGCCCAUUCUACUUAAAAAUAUUGUAUCUGAGCUUGAAAAAUCUCUUGGAACAGCUUUAUCUUCAAUAUUAGAAACAGAAAUGAAAAUUGCUUUUGGAGAACUCUGGAUGGAGAUGCUGUACUUGAAGCCACCAUGGACCUUAAUACACUUAUUACAAUGUUUUAAAAAACAUUGGUUGGCAGUAUUUGGAUUAGUUAUGGAAAGGAACGUGCUUUUAACUGUUGAGCACCUUUAUGAAAAUCUCUGUAAAGCCAGUAAUACAGUGGAUUUUACAACAACGAAAUUCCUGCUUCAGGAUUCUAUGAGUUUUUUACAGGCUUUCAGUGUAAGGUCAAAUUAUGAUGGUGUUCUUCCACAAGCCUUUGCUCAAGUAAACAAACUGCGCCAAACAUUCUCAGAGGUCAAAGAAAAACAUAAGCCAGAUCCUUCAGAGAACACAGUGGAUGAAAAGCAGGAAAAUACUUCCUUAAUGAAGUCUAGUAAUCAAGAAAUCACUGUUUCCUCUGGUUCUCAGCUUGCCCAGCCCAACAAGAAUCAAGAAAUAUGGUCCAUCCUAGAGAAUGUUUGGAUUACAAUAUAUCAGAACAGCACAGAUGUUUUUCAAAGAUUGAGCUCUAGUUCAGCUCCGAGUACUUCAAAAAUAGCAUCAUUUGAAGAAGCAUUUAUUUAUCUCCAAAAGUUAAUGGCAGCUGUGAAGGAUAUUCUUGAAGGAAUUCAAAGGAUUUUGGCUCCCAACAGCAGUUGUCAAGAUGUUGAGACCCUUUAUAACUUUCUAAUCAAGUAUGAGGUAAAUAAACAUGUCAAAUUUACUGCCAAAGAGCUUUAUGAUUGUGUUUCACAGACUGAGUAUCGGGAAAAGUUAACCAUUGGAUGCCGCCAGCUGGUAGAGAUGGAGUAUACCAUGCAGCAGUGCAAUGCAUCUGUUUAUAUGGAGGCCAAAAACAGAGGAUGGUGUGAUGAUACUCUCAACAAUAGGAUCUGAGUGCUAAUUUUAACUUGAAAGAAGAAUUUGUCUUCAUGAAUACCACAAUAGCCAAACCCAAGAGAGUUAUAAGAAAUUUCUCUUAGGUGCAAAAAUGUGAUUGCCU